UUCCCUGUGACCUUAUCAGUUUUUCCCUACUGAGAUAUCCCACACACACCCUGACUUUCAUCCUGACACACAACCACACACGCUUACACCUACCCCUCCCACAAAUAAACACAGAGCCUGCACCUCCAUAAUAUACUCAUGUCUACAUCUGCAUAACUGUCAUCCUUUUACGCCUUUCACUUUCUAGACCAAUAACAUGUCUCCAGACACCCACCUCUCUGACUUGCAUAUAAAACCCACUUCAUUCUACUGUUGGACCACUGUGAUCAGCUCUCAGUGAGGUCAUAGGCGUGGGUACUGGGAAGAACACUAGGAUGAGUUCUCAAAUGCAGAUAGUGGUGUUGGCUGUGUCCCUUCUUGUGUUAGUGAGUAGGGUCAGAACAGCCCCUAGAACCGACUUACUGGCUCAUAUGCUCCAAAACGAGGCGGACGGGAAGGAGGACCUUUCCCGCAUACUUCUGCUGAAGCUCAUUUCUGAGCUGAAGAUCCCAGAUGAGAAUGACACCCUUUCUGAUGAUGACAUGGAGCUGAACCGCAUCCUACGACAUCUUCCCUUAACCACGCGUGAACGGAAAGCCGGCUGCAGGAACUUCUUCUGGAAGACGUUCACCUCUUGUUAGCCACAUCACUGCAUGAAAUAGCUGCAAUGGUUGCAUGGUGGUUUUAUUUAAAAAAAAAAAAAAUGUUUAUGCUUUUGUUUAUAUUGUCUAUUCAGCCCUCAUGCUUGGCUGGAUCUGGAGUAGCCAGCUAUAAAGGUGUACAUGUGUAUAGUUUUUUGUUUGGUUGUUUUAACCAAAUAUAUUAAUAGACAAAUAGUGGCUAUGGUUAUAUCCGACCUAUGAUAAGACUAAUUUUGUGCUUGUGUAAAAAGAUUGUCUUGGGAUAUGAUGUGGAACAACAGUAUAGUCCUAAAUAUGGGUUCCAAUUAUAAAAAAUAAAUAAACAAACAUUGGUUCUAUUCAACUCAAGUGAAUGAAAUGGUUUUAUAUAUCUGCAAUACUCAUAACUCAUAAUAAUUUACUAACAAAUCUAAGUGAUAGGUUAGACCCAUGGUUGAUAAACAAAAAAUGAGCUGCUGUACUGAUGGACUGGCUUAUGAAUUGAAGUUUCUUAAUCAAACAUUAAUGAGUGUCGGUUUCAAGGUUUCAUGAGUCACAAACAAAAGGUGAAAUUCUGCUGCAUGAAGAUCACUUGUUCA